AUCAUGAGCAAUCACGUCGCUCGCUUAAUACAUCCAUGGUCGCUCCCUGCAUACUGGGAUCACUCUAUUCCUACUCUUUGAUACAAACACGAAUUCAACAAUUGACUUAGCUAACACAAGUAUGGUAGCUGUUUGAAAAAGAGAAGGAUGGCACAGAAAGACACCCUGCUAAAUCUCUUCGCCGGGGGAUGUAGUGGUACGGUGGGAGCCAUAGUGACCUGCCCCCUGGAGGUAUUGAAGACACGGUUGCAGUCUUCUGGUCUCGCCCUCCGACCCAUCUACCAGGUCCAGCUGGGCACCCUAAACGGCACAGGGGUUAUCCGACCAGGGACUGUUACACCGGGGCUGCUGCAGGUCCUACGAUCAAUUCUAGAAAAAGAGGGUCCAAGAUCACUUUUCCGUGGUCUAGGGCCGAACCUUGUUGGUGUGGCCCCCUCAAGAGCCAUUUACUUUGCUGCAUACUCAAAAUCUAAAGAGCUGUUCAAUGGGCUGUUUGUCCCUAACAGUGGAGUAGUGCACAUGUCCUCUGCUGGUGCUGCAGCUUUUGUUACUAACUCUCUGAUGAACCCCAUCUGGAUGGUCAAGACCAGGAUGCAGCUGGAGAAAAAAGCCAAAGGAGAGAAGAAGAUGAAUGCACUGCAGUGUGCCCGCUAUGUUUACAAAUCGGAAGGGAUUCGGGGCUUCUACCGAGGCCUAACUGCAUCUUAUGCCGGCAUCUCAGAGACCAUGAUCUGCUUCGUCAUCUAUGAGACGUUGAAGAAACACCUCGCCAAGAGCCAAUUCACCUCCCGGAACGGUGAAAAGGAGAAAGGAGCGUCAGACUUCCUGGGUCUGAUGAUGGCAGCUGCUUUUUCAAAGGGUUGUGCGUCCUGCAUUGCUUAUCCACACGAGGUCAUUCGGACAAGGCUGCGUGAGGAAGGCAGCAAGUACAAGUAUUUCUUCCAGACGGGGAGGUUAAUAGCGGUGGAGGAAGGCUAUGCAGCUUUUUAUAGAGGACUCAUUCCACAGCUAAUUAGACAAAUCCCUAACACAGCCAUCGUCCUCUCCACGUAUGAACUCAUUAUCCAUCUGCUGGGAGAGUCCAAGUGAAGAAAAUGCUCAGAAGUUCCUGACAAAACAAUGGAUGCCUAACCGAGCCCAAGAAUACACGCUGAGAAAGAGACUUUUGAGAAUGCAGCACAUAUGUUGUUUUAAUGUGGUGCUACAGAGACUUUUAUGGUGGAACUAAAGCAGGUUGUACUGUUAUCCAAAGAGCUAAAAACAUUAUUUUAUUGAAAGCUUGUUGGUUGGAGUUUUUUUUUUUUUUUUUUUAAAUAACCAAAGUCAUGGUACUUAUUAAAACUCCAAACCUGUGAUAAAGGUCAUCUACUUAGAGUACUAGUGUUAAGUUAACUAACUUAUUUUAUUUUUUGUUAUUUUAUGACCGUGUUUGUUUCCUUAUUUUAGUGGUAAAUGUACCAACACACAUGACUGCGAGGGUUGACCGUUUUAGUUAAUGAAGGGAAGCAAUGUAAUGACCUAACAGAUCAUUUUUGAGAUUUCUGCUUCAAAAAUACAUGUUCAUAUAUAUAUACAUACAUACAUACAUACAUACAUACAUACAUACAUACAUACAUACAUACAUGUAAUACAGGCUUAUCUGUAUGUUUUCUUUGUGGGGAAAAAGAUAGUCACCUUUUACAAUACAAUGAGAACUUGAAUGCUUAUUUGACCAAUGGCUCAAUAAAAUGCAUCAAGAAACUGCAUCAGUUGCUGGUUGACCUGAAUACUGAAGGAAUGGUGUUAAUACAAACCUCUAUCUUCACUGUGAUGAAAGCACAAGGGUUAGGGUUAUGUGAGGGACUAAUCGGCUGGUUCAGUUAUUAAAUCAUUUUAUCCCGAAUUCAGCUGAAUUUAUCAGGAAGUUCUUACCUGCUGAUGAUAAGAUUUGGCUGAAAAAAAAAACAUUUGAAAAGAAAAAAAAUUUCCUCAGUAAGAGCUCUCUUUAAGGAAUUUAAGUUUAUCCUACUUUUGAGACCAUUCUAAAUUUCUAAUAUAAAGUAAAGGCUCUCCUGUGCUUUCUAUUUAACAAAACAUAAGGUAGUUUGUUUUGCUGUGAACAUCAAGAUGUUUUCUAAUCAUUAUCAUCAUUGUCCUGUAAGGAUGUAUUAGUUUUUUUCAGUAAUGUCUGCUACCCAUACAGUCACAUAUCAUGCCUAUAAAAAGUAUUCACCCGCUUGAA